CUCUUUUUUUCCUUAUCUUGUCGAAUUCUAAUUUUCAUAAAGGCUGUUGAGUUUUGAAAUUCCUUAAAAGUUUUAGCUUUUUUAGGGUUUGAGUGCGAAUUUUCAGAAACUAGGGCUUCGUUUAUUUUCCUUGUUAGAUCUUCAAAUCCGUCCUCGAAAAGUGAGGAAGGUCAAGGUCCUCUGUGCGCGUGUCCCGUGCUCUUCUCCAUUGGGUCUUAAUAAAAAAAAAAAAACAAAUAAAACAUCGCGCGAUCGAUCGGGCAUUCAGAAGUAGAACUUGCUCCAAUGGCGGUGAAUCUGUGGCACGACAAGCGUGAGCGAGAGAUGUACGACAACUUCGCCGAUCUCUAUGCCAUCAUCAAAGCCACGGAGAAGCUCGAGAAGGCCUAUGUUCGCGACAUCAUCUCAUCGACUGAGUAUGAGCCAGAGUGUUUGAAACUGAUUGCCCAGUUCAAGACCCUGGCCUCCACACUCAAGGAUACCGUCCCCAGUGUCGAGCGCUUCGUGGACACCUACAAAAUGGACUGCCCUGCUGCUCUCAACCGUCUCGUUGUCUCCGGCGUUCCUGCCACUAUUGAGCACCGGCGGGCUGCUGCCGCUUCGGCUACCACGUCUGCGGCAAUCGUAGCCGAAUGCGUGCAGCAUUUCAUCACGGCAAUGGACUCGUUGAAGUUGAACAUGGUUGCUGUCGAUCAGGUGCACCCCUUGCUUGCAGACCUCUCCAGCUCUCUCAACAGGCUCAGCAUACUGCCACCCGAUUUUGAGGGGAGGGCUAAGAUGAAGGAGUGGAUUGCAAGGUUGUCAAAGAUGGGAGCUGCAGACGAACUGACCGAGCAGCAGGCGCGGCAACUGCAUUUUGACCUUGAGUCAUCGUACAACUCUUUUAUGGCCGCCUUGCCCAAUGCGGGGACUUGAUUUUUCAGGUGAGAUUGUAUAUAUAUGAAAAUGUUUUUCCUUGGACUAUAAUGAUUGUUCGAAGAAACUUAACGAAUGGCUGGAGGAGAUGCACCGAUUUGAUUAGAACUUGUGUAUUUUGACUUUUGGGAUACUUGCUCUUUAGUUAAUCUUUGUACUGAUCGUCUGUUGCAAAUUAUCAAAAACUCUCAGAUUGCAUACUACAUUAAGAAAAUUGAGCUGCAUUUGUCUUUUC